AUGAAGCGGGUGCAACGAGGACACGUAACACUGAAGUGUUGGGAUAUUGGCGGCCAGCCCCGGUUUCGGACGAUGUGGGAGAGAUACUGCCGUGGCGUAAACGCCAUCGUCUUCAUCGUCGACAUUGCCGAUGUGGAUUUGUUGCAGCAGGCCCGCGAAGAACUUCAUGCACUCAUGGGCCAAGCUUCGUUAAGAGAAAUCCCGCUUCUCGUAUUGGGAAACAAGUCGGAUCUUCCGCAGAAGCUGUCGGUCGAUGAGCUGAUUGAUGCGCUUGACCUCAAGUCCAUAGGCCACCGCGAGGUCUGUUGCUACGGCAUCAGCGCUAAGGAGGAGACGAACUUGGACGCUGUCCUCCAGUGGCUCAUGAAGUGGGCGAAUAGAUGA